UCUUGUUGUCUGCAUUCAUUCUCACCUCCUCGCGUUUCUUCUAGGCGCGUCUUCCCGUUGCGCCCCUCCUUUUCUCCCUCUUCUGUGCCUUGUCUUCCUUCUGAGUCUCGCACACCAGUGUCUGCUCUCUUUUCUGUCUCCAUAGUCCCUUUAUCUUAGCGCCUCGUCGCCUGUGUGUCCUGUCUCCUUCUCUCUUUCUCUCCGUCUGUUUUAUUUUUCAUCAGUCGUAUUCCCUCGUUCGUACUUCGGGGAUGCGCCUCCCUUUAUCUCUGGCGCGCAUCCUCUCUUGGCCACCCGUCUCUUUCUUCCUCUCUUGCGCCGGCGUCAAUUCGUCUUGUACCGCAGUCACUCUCUCUCUCUGUGUGUGCGUCUCCUCUCUUUUCCCUCGGCGAUGGCGACGCCGCGACGGUGCUCGCCGUCCGCCUGGGCAACCUCUCCAUUCUCUCACCGCCGCUCGUCCGAUUCAUCUGCCGCGUUUCGACUUCUCCGUUCUCCGUCAUCAUCUUCGCUUGUCAGACAUGUUUUCCGGAAGCCAGCACGAUGCCCGCACUUCAGGGAACCGAGCAUUACCGGCCGACCCCGGUCCGGACCCCCCAGCCACGAGCCUGUCUCUCAUCAGUCUCUCUCGGUUUUCUCUUCCUUUUCUUCUUCCUCAAGUUGUCUUCUUGCCUUCUCUUCCUCCUCGUUCCGCGUCUUCCGUUCCCCCCUCUCCUCUGUCUCUUCUUUCUCCUCUUCUUCUUCCUCUCUCUUUGUUUUUUCACCUUCUUCUUUGCAUGCUGCUUCCUCUGCGUUUCCUGUCUCUCCUUCCUGCUCGUGUUCACCGCGCGCUUCUGAGAGACUCUUCGCGGGCGUUUUCGACUCUUCAAAGCGAGGCAUGGCCUCUCUUUCGAAGGCCGAACAGCACCGGAAACGCAUGAGGAAAAUCAUGGACAAGCGGAUGGCAUGGCGCCCACCCAACGUCUCUGCGAAGUAUCUGCGAGCAGAGGCAGAUUUCAAUGUCUUGAGCGUCCAGCGCCCACGCGCCAGACGCACGAGAGACACGGCCGACGACCGGCGAAAGGAGAUUCUUGACUUUGCUCACUCCGACUCUGUUGAGAAACUCGACGACGCAAGACGCGACAGGCGCCUGCUGAAGCCUCACGAGGUGGCAAAGCUGGUGGGGAGCAGCGAAAAAGUUGUCGGCACUCGAGACGACAAAGCGACGGCGGCGUCUCUUCGGCGAGGCCAUCUGCCGGCAUCCUCGUCUAUUCGCGAGCUCACAGCACAAGACGUCGACUUUCAACGACGGCCGGAAGCGAAGGAGUUUGGAUUCAACGCUGCCGAGCGCAUGUUCGGUGCAAAGGGUCUCUACCAAGAGAACGACGCAGACUACUACAAACGCUUCUUCAAAGACAGAUAUCGACGCCUCGAUGGGAAGGAACGCGAGGCCGCCGAACGGCUGAAGGCGGAGAGCGCAAACAGCUUAGCGAAACGGAGACCGAGGCAACCAUACAUUCCCCCCAAGAAGUAUUGGUACAAAGACAACUACUCGUCGCCUCUCCCCUCAGACGUUCGAACGCUCCCGAGUCUCACUCUGAAGUUCGCCAUGAUGAACGAGGCGCGUCUGGUCAAAACAGGCCAGGCGCCUCUGAAUCUCGCACUGUGGCGCGCAUUCGAGGCUCGGCUUCUUCAGCUCGCAGGGCCGCGUACGAAUGUGCGGGCGGCCACACUUCUCCGGGCGUUGCAUGCAAUGAGUAAAAUCCAACAUCCUGUUCUUCCUGCUACACUCGAGGGACUGAUUAGAGGUUUGACGUUUCGAGAGGCAAGCCUCAAGCCUCAGCACUACGUCUUUCUGUACCAGGCUUUCGCUCGGCUGCGCUACCGCCAUGUGUACCUCGUGCGGGGUCUGAAGGAGAUGAUGCUCUCUUGGUCGACUCUCCGCAACAACUUCCUCAUUAAAGCUGCAAACGCCAUUUGCAAGCUCGACCUCGCACACCACAUUCUCAUCGAACCUCUGAGGGCGACUCUCGCUGCGCGAAUUCCUGGCUUUUCACCGAGCAACUGCCGUCGUGUGAAGUGGAUCACGGUCCUAGGUCUUUUCUCGGAUGCGAUGAUUCUUUCUUUUCUCCGCGUCUGCCAUAAGCACGAACAUGCGUUCCGAACCUAUUCAAGAAACCUGCAACUGAUUGAGCUCUAUCUGCGCCUUGAGAAACCUGAGGUGUAUGCACAGCUGCCCCUCACCACGCAGUUCUUUCUCGAGUGUCUCCGGAGAACUCACACUGAAGAUGCAGAGGAAGACGAGAGCGAAGACGAAUCCGACGACGAAGAUGACGCUGACGACGAAUCUCCUACUCUCGUAGGAGACGGUCAGGAACUCACACUUUCGUCUUCCUUAAGCGUCGCCGAUUUCAUCCCUUCUUCGCCUUCCUCGUCUUCUCCUUCUGCUUCUCCGUAUUCUUCUCUUUCUGGUUCUUCAUCGCCUGUGCAUUCUUCUUCUCGUCUUUCUCCAACGCAGUGGUCCUCGGAAACAGAUAACGAAGCAGAGGACCCGCGUCGUGGUGUCGAUGCCGGGGAAGCUUGUGCUGCUGCUGUCGAGGCUUCCGCCGCGCUUCAUUUGUCUCAGACGAGCUCAGCGGCUUGUGCAGUCGACGCCCAGAGUUCCUCCGUUGCGAAGCAAACCAUGGCGCCUGUGGCAGGAACAAACGCUUCCCCCUCCGCAACGACAGCGCCCAACUGUACAUACAGCUCCGCGCUGCACGAGGACGUUAGCAGAAUGCUUCGCAAGAUCGGCGUCGGCCACUCAAACUCUGUCAUGGCAGGUCCCCUGACAGUGGACAUGUUCCACGCUGCUUCUCAAACGGUGAUUGAAGUCUGUCCGUCCUUCCAGUUUUACGCCAACAGCGUCCAGUUUACGGCUCUCAGCAAAAGAAGACACCAACUCCUUCUGUCCAUGGGAUUCAAGCUUGUGCUCGUCCCCCACCAGCGCUGGGGGUCGUUGCAGACGGAGGAAGAGAAGAAGAAACUGCUUUUCUCUCUUCUUCCGCCGAGUGUUCUUCACUCCGCUUUGAAUGCGUCUGACGUCUAGCUGGUUGCUCCCUCUCUCUUCCCCCUCUUUUACUUUUCUGCCUUUUUUCUAACUUUCUCUGUGCUAUCCCCGCCCCUCCGUCCGAUCCUCGUUGCUUCCUGCCUUUCCUCUUCUGCCUGUGCUCCUCUGCGGCCUCCUAUCGCAUCUUUCUCGGGAUUAACGUUGCUACCAUACCGCGCUCGAGGAAACCGGACAUUUCAGACUGCCCCCUGUCAUUUGUGUCUCUUCCUCCUCUUCC